AUGACUUCAUUGGGUGUAUGGACGGUAUCAAAUCCAUAUCCUAUUGGUUUUUUAAAGCCUAACUUUGACAAUGGAAGUUUUCUAGAAGUAGCCUCCUCUUCCAAAGAUGGCUUGGCCAUUUGUGAAAGAGGACGCUCUGUUAAAGUUCAAACUGAAGGCCCCCAUCUUGUUAGUUUGGGAGGUAAUGGUGGUAGGCUAAACAGUGCUGUAACUAUUCACCCUUUGCCUGAAGGUAGAAUAUAUGUUGGGAAUCCUGAUUCCUUAUCACCAAAAGAUGUCUUAAUCCAAGGACCUGGUAUAGCCCUUGAUCAUUGUUUCAUUGACAAUAACAAUGGUCUUGUUACCAUUUAUCCUCAAGCUGGAGAUGUGUCCAUUGAUGGAGUACUCAUUACCGAACCAACUUGUUUAUCUCAAGGAUGUAUGCUGUGCCUUGGGCGCUCAAAUUACUUUCGCUUCAACAAUCCCAAAGAAGCUCAACUUAUGAAGAAGGCUUCUCCUACUCCUAGAAAGUUAAAAAACUCAGCUGGGUUUGUUCCUGUGGAAUCUGUGUCAAAUCAGCAAUUAUUUGAUACCGUUCGACCAUUUUCCAGUCCAUACAUGGAUGGUAUUGAUCUUGUUGAAAAAGUGUCCAAGUUCGAGUAUAUGUCCCAUAGUCAGCCUCCUAUCAUCACCUCACAAGAUACCCCCAAAUAUUUUGUAAAAGAAGGCAUACGUAUCUUGCAUUCCGCCCCUCCUAUCAUGCGGGUGCAUAAAGGAUAUUCAUCUGAAACCAGCAUCAAGAAUCCUAGUCCUGUUUCCAGGCUUUUCAGUCCCUUGACUACAAAGCCCGGAUUUUCUACACCUCCCCCAUAUCCUCAACGAACUGCUCAUGGUAGGGUGAACAUGUCCCCUAAGACAACAAGGCUGUAUUCGAAGACACCAGAUCCUAUACUCAUGAGUAGGAGGUCUCCUGCUACUGCUUGGUCUGAUCGUUGUACUCCAACGUCACCUCUUAUCUCCGAUUGUAGAAGCCAUCAUGUGAGUGUGGAAAAUUUGAAAGCCUGUGAAUUUGAGCUUCAUGAACAACAUAGAAAGGCUGUACAAGAACGACUUCGUGAUCAAGAGCAAGAGAAGCAAGAGAGACAGCGGUUAGAGGAAAUCCUUCAUCUUUGCGCUGAAUAUGAAGAGCAAGCACAGAAAGAAAGGGAAUGCAAAGCUAAACUUGCUGUAGAACAAAAAGACCCAGCCUCCUCUUCUUCUUCUUCUGGGGAGUUUAGCUCAGUGUCUACUGAUUCCUCUGUUCCUGCUUCUACAGACUCAAAUAAUUCCAAUUCAAUUGGUUCCAAAUCAGAAUCGAACAUAGAAGGAUAUUCUUCAGGUGAUUCAAAGUGUAAUGGUGUAGCUAAAUACACUACAUUACCAGUGUUGCAAAACCACCAAAAUCAUGUGUUAUCUCCAAUGAAAAGCAAUCCUUCUAACUAUGUGACUAGUGGCUACCAUACUAUGCCCAAUAGAAUAAAAACCAACGGAUCUCUUCCUCGAGAUCGUAGUAACCACCAAAUAUCUCCAACGACUGAGUCUCACAAUUUCGGUCAGCAUUCUUUAUCGGAGAAUGUAGCCAGUAAUAAUGGUGCUAUGAUGUUUGUGAAUCACAAAGCUUUAAAUUCUGCAUCUUCUGAAGAUGAACUCUGUGCCAUUCUGGGAAAUGCUUCCAUGUCGAAGCAAAGUCCACAAAAUGAGUGCGGUCCAAGUAGUCCAUGCAUGGGUACUGCAUUCCUCACCUAUCCUCAUUCUCCUAGAACACGAAUCAAGACUGUUGCUGGGCAGCGGGAAAGAGGCGUGGAAAUGUAUGAAAAUAAACUAGCUAUAAGUGAACUUGCUUUAAAGAAGAGUAACAUGACUCUUACUUUGCCUGGAACUGAGCAUGCAGCUCCGAGCUCAAAUGAAACUAAGUUGAAUUAUUAUGAAAGUGAAAAGUACUUAAAUGCCAAUUACAGAUCUCCAAAUCAAAUUGGCAUGGAUUUAGAAGAAGAAAUUAAUAAGUUGCAGAAAGAAAAACAGGACUGCUUAGAAGUAAUAACAACAAUAAAGCAUAAAGUGUCUGAAUUAGACUGUCAGAAAAGUGAAGCUUUAAAUGAGUUACAGUUAGAGCAUGCAUUAUUAGCAGGUGAGCUCAAAGACAAAGAACAGCUGCAAAUCUUUGAAGGCAAUAAAUUUGCUGAACUUCAAAAACAAAAGUCAGCACUUGAUCAUCGAAUUGAAAUGACUCAACAAGAACUUGAGGCGGCAAAGCUGAAAGUACAACAACAAGAAAAAAUAGUGGAAGAUCUUCAAAACGAGAUACACCUUAUGAAACUCAAUGCGUUGAAUGAAUCAGACAUAUCUAAUAAAUUAACUGAACUAAAAGCUCAAUCAGAGCUGUUAGAAAUUGAAAGGAAAGCUUUUGAAGACCUUGAAUUUCAGCAGCUUGAGUCACAAGCACAUGAGGAAGAAGAAAAGGAUGAAUUAGCCCAGGAAAUAGAAUGUUUUAAAGAAACCAUUGCUCAAAGACAGAUUGAGUUAAGUGAAUUAACCAAGCAAAAGCAAUCUCUGACCGCUCAGAUGGAUAAAGAGAAGUUAAAGUGUGAAAGUCAAUUACAAAUAUUCACUGAACAGCUACGGCAGGAAGUUUCAAAACUGGAUCAAAUUCAUAGCAAACUGAAAGCUCUUACUAGUGUGAAACCUGGAGGUACUCCAUGCUCUAGUCCAGAUAGUAGUCCCCGAACUUCAGAUUCUGAUAUUGAGAUCCAAAGAAAUGGUGGUUGGAAUGUUCAGCAUCGUUUAGUUUUAGAUGAUAAUAUAUUGCCCAGGCAGCAUCAUUCAGAAGAAAGAAGUGAAAAUUGUAAUAGUUUUCAUAGUUUUGAAUCUGAAUCAUCUAGUCUUACAAGUUCUGAUACUGGUGGAGACAAUGGAAGGAGGUCGGAGGACAAAAUCAAGGCGGAUAUCAGGACAACGAUUGACGGAAACAAGGUGUUGCAAAAAGAACGUGCCAUACAGUCAGCAUUUCAGGACCAAGCUCCAUUAGUCAAUCACCAUCAUGAAAAUGGCAAUUUUCAAGUUAAAAGACGGGAUAAGCCGAGAGCUCAACGUCCAUUAACUCGAUACUUGCCUGUACGAAAUGCAGAAUUUGAUUUGCGGCAGCAUGUAGAAUCUGCAGGUCAUCAGAUUGAGCUGUGUAUUCAUAUUCAUUUAACGUCCUCUUCGUGUCAUGGCUACUUGCAUAAGCUGGGAGGAGCAUGGAAGACAUGGAGGAAACGUUGGUUUGUGUUUGAUCGCAUCCAGAGGGCUUUACUGUAUUAUAGUGAUAAAGGAGAAACAAAGCUUAAAGGAGGUGUUAAUUUUAAGGACAUAGAGGAAGUCUAUGUAGACCAUCUUCAUUCUGUGAAAAGUCCAAAUCCACAAUCUACUUUCUGCGUGAAAACUUAUGAUAGAGUUUACUACCUUAUGGCUCCUUCUCCUGAAGCCAUGAGAAUCUGGGUAGAUGUAAUAUUUACUGGUGCUGAAGGUUAUCUAGAUUUCUUAGGCGAGGCAGAAUGAACCAUAUCAUGAAAUGCUAAUGGAAACUUGAAACUUAUGCAUAUGAAUCAAACUCAAGUUGAAAGAAACUUAUUGUAUACUGGUGCCAUGAAUCAAUUCCUGGGAAGGAUGCUUAUUGCAUCGUAUCAUUUCAUUUAAUGAAACCCAUAUCGGUUAAAAAGUAUGUUCCUGUGAAGAGUGCUAAUUACGUGCAAAGAGUAUAAGAGUAUCGAACCGAGCUGCUAGGGCUUGUUAAAUGUUUGAAACCCAAUGUGAGAUAAUCAUGUGAGCAUUCUGUAAAUUUUAUCAUCGAUUUGUAAGUUUGGACAAAGCAUUUUGUUUGUCAUUUUAUUUUUUGAUUGUAUUUGUGCAAUCUGUAGGACGUCUUGUUGUGGUUUUUGUUCAUCUUGCAUUGUUGAAAUGUUAGUUUACAUGCUGAAUGCGUGUAUUUUUUUUUAACUUGGUGCCCAUAAUAAUAGUUAAUACAACUAUAUUUAAUAUUUUGAUCAAGAGAUAUUCAGUUAUCUCAAUGAUUUAAAUGGUCUAUGUUGUUUUAGAUCCUUCAUUAUGUUAUUUAGAAGUUGCUUACUAUUAUAUUAAAAAUUGAUUUUUUAUCUUUAGCCAAACAAUGAAAUCUAAACAGUUAUCUUCAUAACUGUGCUUUCAGCAUUUGAUAAGUUUGUACAUUUGUUCAUGAAACUUCUCAAAAAGAGAUACAGCAUUUACUUAUGAAAUAUUAAAUACUUGUAAAUGUUUGGUAAACAUUGUUCUUCAAGCAUGAGAAUAAUUUAAAAUAUUGAACUUGAAUGAUACUAUUUUUUCUAAUUGUUUUGAAAGGAUUUAUGAUUUAAAGGAGUAUAUUAUAUGCUUCCAUUCAAGUCGCAAAUCUUUUACGUCUGUGCUUGUGCAAAGAAGUGUUCCUUUUGUAGGGCAGGCUAGCAUGCAAUAACUUUUUUUUUGAAAAAAAAUAAGAUGUACGCUUAUUUUUUUAGUCUCUUUUGAAGCAGAAUGAAGCAGAAGUAUAUAAGUGGAUUUUCUAAAGUUUUGAGUGAAGCACGAUCGAAGUCUGAACCCUUGAUGCACUUUCAUUAAAAAGAAAAAAGAAAGAAAACUUCUAAAUAUUGCUGUGUAGCCACACUUAACUGAGUUAUUAUUACUGUCUCUUACCUCAAAAGCAGGCGAUAGUUUAUCUGCUAGUUAUACUAGUUACCUCCAAAUUUUUAGUUUUAACACUUUCAUAUGAUUUGCCUUACAUAUUCUUCAUUUAGUUUUAAAAAAAUAAAACAUUGUUAAAGUGACUGACGGAUGUGAUCAAAACAAUGCGCAAUAUUUAAAAAAUCCCCUGAAAAAAAAAAAUCAUUGUAAACUUCAGCUACUGCAUGCAGGGACCGAUACGAGGCCACCCUGACCUUCCAAAUAUUUCCUUAUUUGGCAUUUUAUUUGGCUGAUUUUUGAGUUCCAUUUGGCAAAAUUUUGAGCUCCAUUCAGCCAAUCAAGAAUUUCCCGCCUGCCCAAAACGUUUGGGACGCCUCUGACUGCAUGUAUCAUGAUUAAGUUGUUAUUUUUGAUGAUAUAUUUAAUCAUGUAGCAUAAUUAUGCAUUUUUGUCAUUCAAUUUUUUCAAAAUAUCCUUAUUAAAAUGACUAAGAAUCUAUCCAGUAAUUCUUAAUUUGAAUUCUGGAUUGUUUUUUAUGUAGAAAAAAAAGCAAAUAACCGUUUAACAAACUGCUACUUUUUGUCUGGCCUGCCCUUCCAUGCCCACACUUUUACUGUUGUAAACUGUUUGUAGUUUUAUUCUGCAUGGCUAGAACAUAGUGUCUAAUCAUGGUUAUCAUAAUAGUGCAGACAUUCAAGUAAAUUUUCAUGACAUUCAUCUUGUUUGAUAUAAUGUUUGCACUUAGUUUAGUUAAUUGCAUAUUUAUCUUAUAAAAAGAUUUACAGUUGCUAUACAUCAUGUCUGAAUCAUUGUAUGAUGCUGUUAAAUUUAGAUCUCAGUCUUUUUGAUCAGUUUGUAGUCUUAUAUAUUUAUGAGGACAAUGCCAG